AUGUCAACCGCAUCAUCUCCUGAGCGAGACGCCGAGGACAAAGGCCCGACGGCCCUCGGAAUCGUCAUUUCCGUCUCGGCUUUGAGUACCGUGUUCGCAGCAGCAAGACUCUUCGUCAGGGGGAAGAUAUUAGGCAAAGUCCACUUGGAUGACUAUUUGAUCAUUGCAUCUGUGAUCUGCGGUUGGGUAAACGUUGGAACGGCCAUCGCCGCGGUGGCGCAUGGAAACGGACGACACUUCGAUAUCCUCGACCUCGAACAGAAACAAGGCGCUAUCCUAUGGACCAUCGCUGGAUUCCCGGCGGGCGUCAUGUCCUUCGGGCUUCCCAAACUCGCUGUUGUGGCGCUCCUCACUCGGAUCAUGAACCCUAGCAAGGGACACAGAAUAUUCUUAUGGGCAAUGAGUUUGUUCUGCCUAGCGAACUUGGUUGGCUGUGUGAUUAUUCUGUUCGCGCAGUGCCAGCCGUCGCACUCGCAGUGGGAUUUUUCUGUGCUUGAUAAAACAUGCUGGGACAAGUGGAUUCUUGUUUAUUUCGCCAUCUACUCGGGAGGCUUCUGUGCCUUUGUGGAUAUUUACUUGGCAGUGUAUCCUGCCGUGGUGCUUGCGAAGUUGCAGAUGAGCGUCAGAAAGAAAGUUGCACUGAGUGUCGCACUAGGGAUUGGCUCAAUCUCUUCAAUCGUUGCGAUUUACAAGUGUACCAGACUUCCAAGUCUGGCUAGCCAGGACUUUUCGUAUGACACAGCGGACUUGGUGAUUUGGACGAUUGUCGAAGGGAGCACGAUGAUCAUAGCCGCGUGCAUCCCCGUGCUGCAGCCUCUGGGCGAACUACUAUUCGGCAAGCGCAUGUUCAGCUCUGGCGGCGGCAAAUACACAUACGAAAACUACGGUUCUGGGCCCUCAGGGCCGAGCGGCCACAUGCGAUCGGACAACAUUGAGCUUUCACGAUCGCGGGAAGCACGAAAGCGAGCUAUGAGACAGGCUGACGAGAUCAGCUUCGACGAUACGACGACAACCACGGCUGUCGCAAAGGGAAGCCAGGAGAGCAUACUCAACCAACACAACUUCAACGGGAAGAUCGUGAGAACCGACGUGUUUACUGUUAGCGUUCAGCAGAACAAAGAGGCCUGA